CAGCCAGCAGCGGGGAGAUAAAGUCCAACCUUCCCGGGCUUUCGUCGGUCCUGGAGAGGUUGACCCAGUCCGGGCACCGAGGAGGCGGCUCCCGGGCUCCACGAGACAGGCAGAGAUGCAGCUGUUCCUCGUCACGGUCCUGCUGCUGGCCUCCACUCCGGGGUCUUGGGCUCGAAACGUGAGGCGCCAGAGUGACACCUGGGGCGCCUGGGGCGAGUGGAGCCCCUGCAGCCGGACCUGUGGAGGGGGCAUCAGCUUCCGGGAGCGACCCUGCUACUCCCAGAGGAGAGAUGGAGGCACCAGCUGCGUGGGCCCCACGCGCAGCCACCGCACCUGCCACACCGAGAGCUGCCCAGACGGCGCGCGGGACUUCCGGGCUGAGCAGUGCGCAGAGUUCGACGGCACCGACUUCCAGGGCCGGCGCUACCGGUGGCUGCCCUACUACGCGGCCCCAAACAAGUGUGAACUGAACUGCAUUCCCAAGGGGGAGAACUUCUACUACAAACACAGGGAGGCGGUGGUGGACGGGACACCCUGCGAGCCCGGCAAACGGGACAUCUGUGUGGACGGCAUCUGCAGAGUUGUUGGCUGUGAUCACAAGCUGGACUCGACCAAGCAGGAGGACAAAUGUCUGCAAUGUGGGGGGGAUGGCUCAACCUGCUACCCUGUCACAGGAACCUUUGACGCCAAUGACCUCAGCAGAGGCUACAACCAAAUCUUCAUCAUUCCUGCCGGGGCCACCAGUAUUCGCAUCGAGGAAGCUGCGGCCAGCAGGAAUUUCCUGGCCGUGAAGAGCAUCAGCGGAGAGUACUACCUCAACGGGCGCUGGACCAUUGAGGCAGCCCAGGCUCUGCCAGUGGCCAGCACGGUCCUACAGUAUGAAAGGGGUGUGGAGGGGGACCAGGCCCCUGAGCGGCUCCAGGCACGGGGCCCCACCUCGGAGCCCCUGGUCAUCGAGCUCAUCAGCCAGGAACCCAACCCCGGCGUGCACUAUGAGUACUACCUGCCAUUGAACGAGCCCGGCCAAGGCUUCAGCUGGAGCCAUGGGUCCUGGAGCGACUGCAGCGUGGACUGUGGUGGAGGUCACCAGACGCGCCUGGUAUUCUGCACGAUUGACAACGAGGCCUACCCGGACCACCUGUGCCGACACCGGCCUCGGCCAGCCCACCGACGGCCCUGCAAUCUUCAUCCCUGCCCCAAGACCAAGCGCUGGAAGGUAGGACCGUGGACACCCUGCUCAGUCUCCUGUGGGGGUGGAUUCCAGUCUCGCUCCGUCUAUUGCGUCUCCUCCGAUGGGGCUGGUGGCCAGGAAGCUGCUGAGCAGACCCAGUGUUCGGGUCUACCCGGGAAGCCUCCUACCACACAGGCUUGUAACCAGCAACGCUGUGCGGCCUGGAGCGUGGAGCCCUGGGGAGAGUGUUCCGUUACCUGUGGGGCUGGCAUCAGGAAGAGGAGCGUCACCUGCCGGGGGGAUCAGGACUCUCCGGUCCACGUCACAGCGUGCUCCUUGAAGGACCAGCCAAGCCUCACUGAGCCCUGUGUGCAAGAGGCCUGUCCUGUGCUCCGGGGCCAGGCCUGGCACGUAGGCGCGUGGAGUCUGUGCUCUAAGAGCUGUGGUGUGGGUACUCGGAGGCGACUCGUCACCUGCGCCAUCGGGCCGCCCGGUCACUGCAGGGACCUGCAGUCAUCCAAGCCCGCUGAGGUGGAGCCCUGCAACAGACAGCCCUGCCAUCCUCCUCACGAGGUCCCUAGCAUACAGGACUCACGGACCCGCCCCUUACACCCCAGGAUGCCUUUAGGCCCUCAAGUGUCCCCAGUCUCAGAUGCUAGAGACCAGCGGUGGGCUGCCCAGGAGCGACCCAGGGCCCAGAGUAACCCCAGAGAGGGCCAGGAUCCCCAGCUGUCGGUUGCAGGCCGGGCCCCCAUUCUGCAGCACCCUCCACACCGGCCACCCCUGAAACCCAACUCAGGACCCCGUGACUGCAGACACAGCCCCCACGGAUGCUGCCCUGAUGGCCACACCCCAUCUCUUGGGCCACAGUGGCAAGGCUGUCCCCUGGCUGGAGCCUUGUGUCUUCAGAGCAGGUACGGAUGCUGCCCCGAUGGGGUGUCUGCAGCCGAGGGGCCCCAGCAGGCUGGCUGCCCCAGGUCUCACGGCGGUGACAAUACCGGGAACAGGCCAGGGUCCAGGGCAGUGGCUUCCAAGGUCCCCAGGAUCCACCAACCCCAGGCCCAUCAGAGCGAACCCAGAGAUUGUCGUGCCUCCCAGUUUGGCUGUUGCUAUGACAACGUGGCUUCUGCAGCUGGUCCCCUGGGGGAAGGCUGUAGGGGCCAGCCCAGCUACGCCUACCCGGUGAGGUGUCUGCUGCCCAGUGCUCCUGGGUCAUGUGGAGACUGGGCUGCCCGCUGGUACUUUGUGGCGUCAGUGGGCCGGUGUAACCGCUUUUGGUAUGGCGGCUGCCAUGGCAACGCCAAUAACUUCGGCUCGGAGCAGGAGUGCAUGAACAGCUGCCAGGAGCACCACGAGCCCCGCCAUCCCGAGGCAGGGGCCUCUGGCCAUCGUGUCCACAUGGACGGGGGCCAGCGUGGUCCUGGAGGCCAGCAGGAACCUGAUUGGCACAGGACGAGAGCCACAGUCCCGAGACUGCCCUCACCUGGAAGCCCUUGGCAAAGAGGACAAGAGCCAGGGCCCGGGGAGGCGCCCCACCCUCCAGCCUAUGGAGAACGACCUGGAGAUCAGGAGCUCCGGCCCAGAGUUUCUGGACUGGGUAGAGAUGGUAGACCACCAGUGCCGCCCACACAUAGCUCCUCCCACAGGAUCAGCUUGGGAGGCUCAGAGCCCUCCCUGGUUCAAGCAGCCGCCGGGCAGGCGGUACAGCUCUUCUGCCCUGGCAACACCUACCCGCAGUUCCAGGCAGGGUGGCAGAAAGAUGGUGAGGCCAUCUCCUCCGACAGGUACCAGCUACAGUCAGAUGGCUCCCUCAUCAUCAGCCCCUUGAGGCCAGAGGAUGCCGGUGUCUAUAUCUGUGGCAGCCACAGGCCAGGCCAUGACCCCCAGAAAAUCCAGCUUCGAGUCACAGGGGGUGACACAGCAGUGCUAUCUGAGGUCCAGCCAAGAUCGUUCCCUCAGACCAGGAACCCAGACCUUGGCCAUGGGCCUCGGGACUCCGGAACAGGGGGCCACGGGGCUACCUCUUCCCUACACCCCAGGCCUGCCAGCAGGCUGCGUCUGGACCGGACUCGGCCUGGGGUGGUGGAUGCCAGUCCUGGCCAGCAGAUCCGGCUGACCUGCCAUGCUGAAGUCUUCCCAACCCCCAUCAUUGAGUGGCAAAGAGAUGGGCAGCUGGUCUCUUCUCCCAGGCACCAGCCGCAGCCCGAUGGCUCUCUGGUCAUCAGCCGAGUGGCCGCAGAAGACAGUGGUUUCUACGCCUGUGUUGCUUUUAAUGGGCAGGACCGGGACCAGCACUGGGUCCAGCUCCGAGUUCUGGGGGAGCUGACCAUCACAGGCCUGCCUCCUGUUAUGACGGUGCCAGAGGGCGACACCGCAAGGCUUCUGUGUGUGGUGGAUGGAGAAAGUGUGAACAUUAGGUGGUCCAGGAAUGGACUCCCAGUACAGGCAGAUGGCCACCGUGUGUACCAGUCCCCAGACGGCACACUGUUGAUUCACAACUUGCAGCCCAGGGAUGAGGGCUCUUACACAUGCAGUGCCUACCGCGGGAGCCAGGCUGUGAGCCGCAGCACCAAGGUGAAGGUGGCCCUACCAGGAUCAGCCGCUCGGUCCGGGAACCCGGGCAGCGAGUGCAUCGACCAGCCGGAGCUGGCCAACUGCGCCUUGAUCCUGCAGGGCCAGUUCUGUGGCAAUGAAUACUACUCCAGCUUCUGCUGCGCCAGCUGCUCUCGCUUCCAGCCCAAUGCCCAGCCUGUCGGGCAGCAGGGAUGAAGGCUGGCUGUGGCGCCAGUUCCCGACAGCUGGCUGGGGAGAAGGGAUGGUAAGACAUGGCUUGCAGAGGGAGUCACCUUUCAGACACCGGCCCUCUCAGAAACCCAGGGCUAAGCCCCAGCAGCUGCCAGUGCCAGCCUCCCCCUGUGGUGUCAGCAGGGGCUGUCUGAUCUGACCUCAGGCUGCCGCGAAGAGGAAUCUACCGACACAGAACUGCUACUUUACACCUCUCUCUCUCUCUCUCGUUUCUGCUGCGUUCAGGAUCCUUCAUCUGAAAUGUGUGGGACCAAAGUGUUGUAAACUUUUCAAUA